AUGGGAGUGGGAAACCCUUAUAAGCGGGAUGUUUGUGGGUCGAAAGUGUUCGGUCGCGUAUCCACAUUUGCUUGGGACCUAACGUUGUGGACAGUGACGAUAUGGACAGUCUGUGGCUUGACAGGAAGGGGUGCAUGUGAACAUCAGCGGGUGUUCAGGAGUCCUCCCGUGGUGAAGACCACGUGGACGGCUACUCCAUGUAAAAGCAGAUAUUUAGGUCCCGUUUAG